AUGUCUCGGUCGAACCCCCCCAACAAUGCGUCGGCAUCACGCAAAAUCUCCUUCAACGUCAGCGAGCAGUAUGACAUCCAGGAUGUUGUUGGCGAGGGAGCCUACGGAGUUGUUUGCUCUGCCAUUCACAAGCCGUCCGGGCAAAAGGUUGCCAUCAAGAAGAUUACCCCCUUCGACCACUCCAUGUUCUGUCUGAGAACUCUGCGAGAGAUGAAGCUCCUGCGCUACUUCAACCACGAAAACAUCAUCUCCAUCCUUGAUAUCCAGAAGCCUCGAAGCUACGAUAGCUUCAACGAGGUCUACCUUAUCCAGGAACUCAUGGAGACGGAUAUGCACAGAGUCAUUCGAACCCAGGACCUCUCCGACGACCACUGCCAGUACUUCAUCUACCAGACGCUGCGAGCGCUCAAGGCCAUGCACUCGGCAAACGUUUUGCACCGAGAUCUCAAGCCAUCUAACCUCUUGCUAAAUGCCAACUGUGAUCUCAAGGUCUGCGAUUUCGGUCUUGCCCGAUCCGCUGCUUCCCAGGAGGACAACUCUGGUUUCAUGACUGAAUACGUCGCCACGCGAUGGUAUCGUGCCCCCGAGAUCAUGUUGACCUUCAAGGAGUACACCAAGGCCAUUGACGUCUGGUCCGUUGGCUGCAUUCUGGCCGAGAUGCUCAGCGGCAAGCCUCUGUUCCCCGGAAAGGACUACCACCACCAGCUGACCCUGAUCCUGGAUGUACUCGGCACGCCGACCAUGGAGGAUUACUACGGCAUCAAGUCUCGACGAGCAAGGGAAUACAUCCGCUCGCUGCCCUUCAAGAAGAAGGUGCCAUUCCGCACUCUCUUCCCCAAGACUUCUGACCUGGCACUGGACCUCUUGGAGAAGCUGUUGGCGUUCAACCCUGUAAAGCGAAUCACGGUGGAGGAUGCCCUCAAGCACCCCUACCUCGAGCCAUAUCAUGACCCUGAGGAUGAGCCCACCGCGCCUCCGAUCCCGGAGGAGUUCUUUGAUUUCGACAAGCACAAAGAUACCCUGAGCAAGGAGCAGCUGAAGCAACUGAUUUACCAAGAGAUUAUGCGGUAA